UUGAGCCUAAAAUUAACCUUAAUCCGAAUGCGAAUGUUACCGUUUUAUUCUAAUUUUCUGAAUAUAUAUUCAUUUAUUAGUUUCAAAUGAUUCGUUUUAAAAAUGUUGUACACGGGCCGACAUAUUUAUCUUGAUAGGAAACUUCCAAAAUCAUUCUUGAUAUCAAAUAUCGUAAGGAUCAGACGGAAUGCAAGAACUUUCCUGUCCAAUAUGCAUCGCUGUGGAAGGAAUUACUUUGGAUGGACAUCUUUACGCAUCUUGACUCGGGUAGUUUCUACUUGUAAUUCAGCACAACGUUGGGUAGUAGAUUCUAUUACAGUACAAUUUCUCCUUGGGAGAUUUUCGCCAGGGAGUCUGUAAGUAUUUGAUGAUGGUCUCUAUUCCAGAAAAGAUUAGACGCAACACAUCCUGUCUUUAGUAAUCACCAAAGAUUUAGAUUCGACCAAAGACUUUCAAUAUCAUGGCAAGUUAGGUAGAAAAACAACUACAAAAUGUCACGAACAGAAAUCUUCGCCUUGAGAAACAACCCAGCGGGGUAGCUUGUACGUUCCCCAAACAUCGCACCACAGACCGGUCGUGGAAGGUAUGAUGUGACGACACGCGUGUCCAGAGAAUUUCAACAGCAAAAAUCAGAAGGUGCUCGAUUCGUGGAAAUCCAACUCGGCGAAAGAGUUAUAUAUACACCACUUGGGAAGUUGCGAAACGAAGUACUUGAGAAUGGUAAGGUAUCAAAGGUAGUGCUAUACUUAGAUACCCCAACUCAGAAGUUUCUUCCACGGAUUGCUUUCAAUAGACAAUUGUGCUUCAGAUGGAUACACGAAUCUUAUUCAUCAGAGGAUUCGUGAGGAUCCCAUAGUUGUUUUUACCAUUCGUGAGUAAUUCUCCAGGUUGCAAUAACCUCUUAGACUUUUAGAAGCAAAACCCCCAACUCGAACAACUCCGAUAGCAAACUCCAAACCUUUCAUCAAAACGCAUAAAAAUACGCAUAAAACAAAAGUUAACAUAAUACGGCAACUCCAAUGAUUUAUACAACACACAAUAGACUCCUACCGUACAACGCACCAAAAACCCCGCCUCAAACCCCCAAUUCUCGCCAGCCAAUCCCCAAGCGAUCCGCCCCUCCAUCAAAAAAUUUAAGCGCCCACAGCGCAUAAACAUCUAUCCAUAGGUCCUCAGCCUCUAUUGUGAAACAGUAAAUAGCAGCACUCAUUGAUUUUCGAUACACUAAAAAGCGAUGGUGUGGGCGGGUAUAUUUUGGAGGACCAAUGUCGAUGUGUAUUUCGAUUUUCUUGAGUAAUUUUAGUAGAUCGGGUAACGGGAUUUAAGAUGAGGAUUGGAGGUUGGGUUGCAUGCGGUGGCAUGUUUUAUUGCAAUUCGAUACUACUUCGUGUUUUGAUGCUGUACUUAUACCGUUGUGGUCGCUCUCGAUCUCGAUUUUUUACUUGGAACUAUUCACACAUCUUUUACUCGCUCGUUCGUUCAUUCCUUUGAUUUUGCUGAUUCAUUUUAAUACCUCGAGUUUCUUUUUGCUUUUCCUUUUGCAAUUGAGGAUUGAUAUACAUACAGUGCAGGCACUAUUUCUUAAGAAUCAUUAAUUUUGAUUGAUUGCUUGUUUGGGUUUCCUACGCUGUUUCAUUUACUCUGCUCGUUUCCUAUCGUUGCACAUUGGCACUCUCUUUGGAUACUAUAUCCCAUUGUUUCAUUGGAAUAUCACAAAAACUGCCGUCUCAUUGACGUUGACAUAUCCAUCAUGGUCGAUAGAAAACACGUUAGAAAAUCGAGGAGUCAGGGGUACUUUCAUCGAAAAAGACCAGAUGAGAUAUAUAUCCAAGAUGCCCAAAGUCAUAUAUUUUCAUACGCCAACAUGGAAGAAGUCAUGCCAACACCCGAAUUGCUUUUUGACGUUGAUGAAAGAGAGAACGCCUCGUUUCCCCGAACCCCAGAUAAUGAGGCCUCAUCACCCCGAAACUUUUUUCUCGAAAAGCCACCCGCGAAUUGGAAAUCAGAGGAAACGCCCAUUUCUCCUGGUGUAACGGUAUUGUUGAGUCCGGCGUAUGGGGAUGAGAAUGGUGAUUUGGAUGUUAUGGAGUUUUUCCAGGCAGCGACCUAUCCAGGACCACGAGCGGUGCGAAUUACUUCAGAAAAGCCACGAGAUACCCCCAUGUCUCGAAAUGCAAAUAAGAAAAAAAAUCCAUCGAAAAUUGGGCUUCCAUCGCCAAAAACUCCCAAGGCUUGGCCUUCGAUCGUGGAGCCUGAUAUUAGUACUCUUCCUUCGCCGGAAGUAAUUGAAAGAAAUAUACUAGGAGCUCGUCUGAAACUUUCUAGACGGGAGACUUCAACUGGGAAGUCUGUAGAUUUUGGACAAACUCAACGUCGUAUGAUUGACAAUCCGCUUGAGGCAUAUCUUGUGGCACCAAGGCACAUGUCAGGCCGGAAACAGACGGGCUCGCCAUCUCCGGAAAUGAGAAAUACUCGUAGCCAAAACAAUCUGCUAGAACCAACAUUAGCAGCCAGCGGAACCAUUUCAAGGACGCCUAGUCCAGUGUUUGAUUUUGACGAUUCGGAAAUCACAGACAUUGAAAGCGGCGAUGAGUUUGAAGAGACACGCAACGAGAGAUUGAGCAGAUGUGAAACAUUAUCGAGUCAAGAUCUUCAUAGCCCAAUGUUCGACAAGCCUCCAAAGCCAUUGGAAAAAGAUUGGAAGUUCCGUCUCCAACAAGAUUGUGCUAUGGGUACUCUUGGUGCCUUAGAUUCACCUUCGAUGUUCUCAUCUGCUAGCCAAGCUCCUCGAAAAAUCCCCAAGUCGACAAAUAGAAGGCUCGGUGAGAUUGAAUUACCGAAUUACAAUGCCGAAUAUUCAAAGAGUUACACAAAGGGUAUACACACAAGUCGUCCGCGUCAAACCAGUGCGGAAUCAACACGCUCUCAAACCUCACCAAUCACACCACCACCUCGAAGGAACAGUCCACCUAUCAUGGCACCAAUCCAUCGAGACCAGAGCGAAGCAAAAGGAGCGUCAUUUGAACCAGAAUCCCGCACACCGAGAACUGUAGUAUCGAAUUGGCUCACGAGUAUGUCUUCUAACGCUGGACGUAAGGAACAAUCGCGAGAGCAUGAUGUUUUUUGGAAGAAAAGUCGAAGUUGGGGUCGCAAGACGAAGCCUAAAUUGGAAGGCUGGAUUUAAUAAUAUAGGCGGGGAGUAGUGUUGGGUAGUUUUGGUGGGGCGAUUUUGAAAUUUACGUGUUGACGGACAGGGUUCAUCAAAAUUGUUAAUGAUUAUCUAGGCAUCUGGAAACUUUAAUGGAGGGCGUUGUGGAGAAAGAUUAUAUGUCAGAAUAUAAGGCCUUUGAGAGGGCAACUUGGGAGUGGGAGAAUGGAGAAGAGGCUGGAUCAUACUCCGGACGAAGUAAAUUCCUAAUGAUACCAAGUUGUUGUCCAUUCCUCUCUGUGCCUAGUUUCUGCGAGACUCCUGUAACCCCAAAGUACUUCUUGACGUCAAAAUGACUGGGCAUGCGCGCGGCUGCUCGCUGUCACUACCAGCUAAAUUUCUAGACCUUCUUGACAACUAAUAUUGUUGUGUCAUACUCUCAUACUCUCAUACUCUGCCGCUCUGGCCUCUUGUUUGCUGCGGACAUUGCGUGCUGUUCGUCAAACCCUCCACUAAUCUUGUAUAUACUCGUAAAACAGACAAAUGACAGGUGUCCAGGAUGGAAAGAAGAGUAAAGGGACCACUUGAUGAUCUUAAAGCGGGGCAUUGCAAAUAUUCCCCAGUUCUCUCAGCGGCACAGCACAGCACAGAGCACAGAACACCAGCGUGAUACCAGCGGCUGUUUGCAGAUCGGGAGUAACCAUUCAACGAAUCCGAUAAUAAGCUUUGAAAGUUAGAUAAAAUACGGGACAGCCAAGAGAACCAAGAUGAACGGACAAAGUAGAGAGCAAGCCUCGAGCAAGCAAACAAACAGGAAACAUUCUCUCAACGGCAAUGUAAAUGUAAGAUAGAGGGACAAAAACUAAUUCAUGUCGAUGCAUAC